AUGGAAUAUACUCCACAACAGUUAAACUAUUUCAGAAUAUGUUAUAUCGCCUUUAACUUGGUCGCCGAAGGACUUCGGAAAGUCUUCAAACAAGAGUGGAAUUUCCUUUACAUGACAACUCCAUUUGGGGAAUGAAAAGACAUUCCACAAAAUGGCAGUGAUUUCUACAACAACGAAACGGGGAGAAGUCGCACAAAGAAUGCUCGAUAUUUUGCGACAAUACAAAAGGGAAACACAGCAGAGUGGGACUGCAGUUGUCUACUUUUUGCGAUAUUGUUCUCGGAUAGUAUUAGCACCACACUGAGUGCGACAAUCAGAAAAGAGGUCGACGAUCUCCGACAGAUUCGAAACGACAUCGCUCACAUAAACGAAGUUGAACUUACUGAUGCUGAAUUUCAAAAUUAUGUAGCAAGAGUGAUAGCUGCAUUUACAUCUUUGAAACUCUCAACUGAUGAAAUCGAGGAUGUUAAAAACCAGAGCAGCUUUCCCACAGCAGAAGUAAAUAGCUUAAAGAUAAAGGCUGAUGGACUUAAAGCUGAUUUAAAAGCGAAAAAGGAAGAAGUUAAAAAUCUAAACUCUGAAUUACAAUUGACCCGAGACACAUUACAGACCAAGCAGGAGGAAGUAGAAACCCUUACUCAGGAAAUCAAUUCCAAAGUCGAGUCUUUCUGUAGUCUUACAUUCAAGCCAUCGCACCAAAUCAUCAGACGUUCAAAGGAUGUUACAAGAAUCAAGAACAAGCUCGAGGAACUUUAUAAUGAAAGCAAAGAAGCCAUCAGCACCAUUUAUUUAUCAGGAAUUCCUGGCUGUGGCAAAAGCCAAAUCGCUCGUCAGGUGGGACAGGAAGUGUAUGACAAAAGAUUACGUGAAGACAAAGGUCUAAUAUUUGUUGCAACUCUGAAUGCAGAAACCCUUGACUUGCUUGCCAACUCCUAUUUCAAUCUAGCUAAACAACUGGGAGUUACGGAAUACGCUCUGACGAACCUGGCAUCCUCCACGAAGCUCGGUUCAAGUGAAACAAUUCAGCAUUUUAUGCGUUUUAUUUCUACAAAGGUAAAACAAUUUUCAGCCUGGCUGAUUAUUGUGGAUAAUGUUGUUGACCUAUCCUUGGUUGGAAGUUGUCUGCCUCCAACCGCCAGUGAAGAGUGGGGUCAUGGUCAGGUGCUAGUAACUAUUCAAGAUACUCAGUCAAUACCCUUUAACGCUCCUCAUACUUACCAUGAAUCUCUCAAUAAAGGAAUGCAUCCGGAUGACGCAGUAGACCUUUUAAGAGAAGUGUCCCAAAUUUCGAAUCAACAACAAGCUGAGGAGGUUGCUAAAGUUCUCGAGUAUCAGCCACUUGCCUUAGUGGCUGCUGCAGUCUACGUGCAAACAAUUGUCAGCUAUGGUACCCCUAAUUACGGUUGGACAAAAUACCUGGAAACGUUUAACAGCGAGGAACGCGAAGCCAGAGAGGAGUUUUUUGCGAAACAAAACAGAGCAUAUCCCAAAACAACGACUACUGCCAUCAGAAUAGCAAUAACUCGAGCUUUGGAAAGCGACGAAGUUCUUUGUGCAGUUUUAUCUUUGUUUUCUUUGUGCGCAUCUGAUUCCCUACCAAUUGAAGCUGCUGUUGACUUUGUUACAUUUCGUACAAAACAUCAAACAGAAGCGUUGAUUAGAGCAAAAAUUCUGAAAUCCACCAUGAUAACUUGCCUGUAUGACAAAGACGAGACGCCCACUUACUUAAGAGUACAUAAUGUUGUUCAUGAAGUGGUAAAGUCCGCUAUAACAUCUUUCCUGGACCUGACCCAUGAAGCUGAGUGCUUUUCUGUUGCUGUUAGGAUUUUUCAUUCAUUGAUGGAAGAAAACCGGAAUCUUCUACAUGCUAGUGCCCAGGCCUGCGGAAAGUUGAGUAAAAUUGUCAGUCAUUGUAAAGUAUUAUUUCAGUUUAUCAGAACUAAAAUGGUUAAUGAAGAACAAUCAGUAGUUAAUACAUUACUACCGGUAAUUACUCUUGGCGAUUUAGUUUCGUUUCUUACCCUUAUUACUGAAGUUUGUUACCGCCAAAGUAAUUUAUCGGAUGCUUACCUUUUCUCGACUUUAUCCUCUGAUUUUAUAACGUAUCUAAGUGACACUCAAGAUGAUAAAUUGCAAAAGGCGAAACAUUUUGGUGAACGCGGCAAUGUUCACUGGCAACUUGGUCAGUUCUGUCAGGCUAAAGAAUACCAUGAGAAGUCUCUUGCUAUUACAAGAGAGAUUUAUGGUGAACACCAUGGUGACGUAGCGCAAAGUUACAACAACCUGGGAAAUGUUUACAAAAGCCUUGGUCAGUACAAUCAGGCUAAAGAAUACCAUGAGAAGUCUCUUACUAUUAGAAAAGAGAUUUAUGGUGAACACCAUGGUGACGUAGCGGUGAGUUACAACAACCUGGGACUUGUUUACAGUGACCUUGGUCAGUACAAUCCGGCUAAAGAAUACCAUGAGAAGUCUCUUGCCAUUAGAAAAGAGAUUUAUGGUGAACACCAUGGUGACGUAGCGGCAAGUUACAACAACCUGGGAACUGUUUACAGUGAUCUUGGUCUGUACAAUCAGGCUAAAGAAUACUAUGAGAAGUCUCUUGCCAUUACAAAAGAGAUUUAUGGUGAACACCAUGGUGACGUAGCGGCGAGUUACAACAACCUGGGAACUGUUUACAGUAAUCUUGGUUUGUACAAUCAGGCUAAAGAAUACUAUGAGAAGUCUCUUGCCAUUAGAAAAGAGAUUUAUGGCGAGGAGCAUCCUAAAGUCAAAAGAACUUUUAACAAUUUAAGAUUGGUUGAAAGCAAACAAAGAGAACUUAAUCAAACUCUGAACAAAUUUUGCAUUCGGUAA